AUGGCUGGCGACAAGAGAGCUAUCAAGUUAUACGGAAUGGCAAUGUCUACGUGUACCAGACGAGUUCGGUGUGUAUUAGAAGAAAUGGGUUUACCGUAUGAAAUUGUUCUGGUUGAUUUGAGCAAGGGUGAACAUAAACAACCGGCACAUCUUGCUGUACAACCAUUUGGUAAAGUUCCUGUACUUGAAGAUAUCGAUGGAACAAAGAUAUUUGAAUCGAGAGCAAUCAUGCGAUAUUUGUUGAAGAAAUAUCCAACCGAAGGUGCAAAACUGCAGCCUCAAGAUGCGAAGACCUAUGGUCAAAUGGAACAAUGGUUCAACGUCGAAUCUGAAAAUUUUAAUCCUGAGGCUGCUUCUCUCGUAUGGGAAACGCUGUGGAAACCAAAGAUGAAGCAUUUGGGUGAAGCUGAUCAAAAACUGGUGGAAGACAAAAAAACGAAAUUGGAAGGUGUCGUAGCAAUUCUCGAUACUCAUUUGGCAAAGAAUCAAUACUUUGCUGGAGAUCAAUUCACUUUGGCUGAUAUUAGUUAUUUACCGUAUACGGAAAAUCUCAUCACAGCUGGCCUUGGUGAUCUCCUGUUAUCAAAGACUAAUUUUGCUGCAUGGUGGAAGAGGUGUAGUGAACGACCAAGCUGGAAGUUAUGCAAAACUCAACAGGAAAUUGACUUUUAG